ACUCACCCAGUCACUCACGCACCCACUCACCCACUCACCCACCAACUCACCCAAUUAUUCAAUCACUCACCCACUCAGCCUGAAGUUUGACCCUGGCGCUCUGUAGGCGACAGCGGCGUGGCGCUCGUGAAGGUUGGAACGUCCUGCAAGAACGGCGGCUGCAAAGCGACGUACAGAGACGGUGCCUCGUCCAUCACGGAGCCGUGCAUCCACCACCCCGGGGUGCCGGUGUUCCACGAGGGCAUGAAGUUCUGGUCGUGCUGCGAGCGGCGCACGACGGAGUUCUCCAGCUUCCUGGCACAAGUCGGGUGCUGCCACGGCACCCACCGCUGGGUCGAUUCCACACAGGAGAAGCGGUCUGCCGAGUGCCGUUUCGAUUGGCACCAGACGGCUCGCGACGUGGUGCUGAGCAUCUACGCACGCGACGCUCAGCCCCUUCUCUCCAGCGCACACGCCAACCCCACCACGCUUGAGGUGACGUUGGUGUUUGACGAAGGCAAGAAGUUUGUGAGGAGGUUCCAGCUCUACGGGACGGUUGACGUGGAGCACUGCACGAUGGGAAUGGCCCCCACCAAGGUGGAGGUGACUCUUCGCAAGGCCGAGGCCUACCACUGGGCCAACCUGGAGCACCCGUCCGCCAAUCGGAGCGCAGCGGGGACGGAGCAACCGUACAGUCGGACAAAGACGGACAACGUGAAACCGGGUGGUGAACCGGCCCGGGAACCGGUGGCGCCGGCCUGGGGGAACGCGGACGGUGAGAGGGAGCGCGACCGCCUUGACAACGGCGGCGGCGACGACGGUGAGAGGGACGACGGCGACAACGACGACAACGAGAGCCUGGGCCUCUCCGACGACUACGACUCCGAGUGGGAGCGCGAGUUCGGGGAGCAGAGCGGCGACGCGGCCCCCGAGGCAUCUGAAGCGUCCGAGGCGCCCACAGCCCCUACCCUCCCCACCAUGCCCACAGCCCCCACUGCACCCACAGCACCCACCCUCCCCACCCUGCCCACCGUGCCUACUGCACCUGCACCACCCACACCACCCACAGCGCCUACUGCACCCACACCACCCACAGCACCCGCAGCACCCGCACCACCCACAGCACCCGCACCACCCACAGCGCCCACAGCACCCGCACCACCCACUGCACCCACUGUACCCACCCUGCCCACCGCGCCCACACCACCCACAGCGCCCACAGCACCCGCACCACCCGCACCACCCACCGAGUGGGCACAUGACGGAGCUCCUGACCCCGAGGGUGACUUUAGCGAGCUCCCAGAACUCGAGGACUGAUGAGGUCACGGGACGGAGGACGGCCGCGUGCGGGGUUCAGAGUUCGCGAUCGCGCCCCGCCUCCGUGAUUAUUUACGCGAAAGUGUUUGGUAGCCUUAACGAGGCAACGGGUGAUGAGGCAGGACUGCCGUGAAGGUUUCGUUUUUGAUUAGCGUUCGUGGAAAUGUUUAUUUGACCAGGUAAGGCCCCGCUUUGAGCUAUGGAUCUCUUUUUCAGAAGCGACCUGGCCGUCGCAAAUGAUAGCUCAACGGAGUGGCUCGUCGCGUGAAAAUUUGUAGCGGCCUAAUCCUCUGAACGCGUGACGUUGAUUCUAAAUGUGAAGGGAAAAACCGGAGAACCCGGAGAAAAAUCCAUUCGACCACGGGGAGAGAGAGACACGCAGACUUCAAAUAUACAGCAGCAGGUGUCAGGGUCGGGGUUGAACCCACGUGCUCCUGUAUACCAGGCGAGGUAGUUCACAUCUCCUAGCCACUGUGAUGAUGAUGAGAGUGAGACACGCAAACUCCAAAUAUACAGCAGCAGGCAUCGUUAGGGUCGGGGUUGAACCCACGACCUCCUGUACACCAGGCGAGGUAGUUAACAUCUCCUAGCCACCGUGAUGAUGAUGAGAGUGAGACACGCAAACUCCAAAUAUACAGCAGCAGGCAUCGUUAGGGUCGGGGUUGAACCCACGACCUCCUGUACACCAGGCGAGGUAGUUAACAUCUCAUAGUGCCCCGAAAUCUGAUGCGAGGGUAAUGAGGCCCAUCGGUACGUUGACCUCCCUCAAUAGUGAAUCGUGACCCUUGAUAUAGUGGCUGCUAGAGCAGAGUGCUCGAAGUUGACGACGUCUCGGUUGGAAGUCAUAUUCUUGGGUUUUUUUCAGUAAAGUCACGUAGGUAAAAAAUUAAACUUAAUAA